CAACGGUGAUAGCAAUUAACCAUUUCUGGCAAACCUUAAAUUAUAUCUCUGCAGAGAGCUGCGCACCAGAACAUUUUGGUGAUGACUAGCUUGUUUUGUUGAGCUGUGUAUAUCGUAGCUCUCUUCUCUUGUAAUUUAAUAAUUAUUCUUUUUAACCAACUUGCAUCACAUGGCCUCUGCACCUUCAUUAACAUAAAUGAUAACUCUCAGUUACUUCUCUUAGUCAUCUCUCUCUCUCUUCUCUCCUCCCUCCUCUCUCUCUCUCUCUUUCUCUUUGUGUCUAUCUCCAUAGGAGAAAUGUGGGAUCAGUUUGACAAAUCAUGAGUUCCUCCUCUAGUGUUAAACUCCAUUUAUGGUGGAGAAUUCUUGUUAUUCUUGAGUUUCUUGUGAUUCAAUGUUUGGGGCUAAACACUGAUGGGAUUCUCUUGCUUUCUUUCAAGCAAUCUAUUCUGAGUGAUCCUCUAAACGUGCUACAGAGCUGGAACUACCGUGACCAGACGCCUUGUUCUUGGAAUGGGGUAACCUGUGGUGCACCAAGUAACUCCAACAAUAACUACUCUCGUGUUACAAGCUUGUCUCUUCCAAACUGUCAGCUUCUUGGUUCAAUUCCAUCCGGUCUGGGCAUGAUUCAACACCUUGAAAAUCUCGAUCUAUCCAACAAUUCUUUUAACGGGUCUCUUCCUUUUUCCAUUUUCAACGCAACCCAGCUUCGGUUUCUUGAUUUGUCAAACAACUUGAUCUCUGGUGGGAUACCAGAAACGGUGGGACAGUUACAAAACCUCCAAUUCCUUAACCUUUCUGACAAUGCAUUGGCGGGAACUUUACCUGCCACUCUCACUACCAUCCAAAAUCUAACCGUUGUUUCUUUGAAGAAUAAUUACUUUUCUGGCAAUCUCCCAACUGGGUUCCAAAGUGUUCAAGUUUUAGAUCUGUCUUCCAAUCUUAUCGAUGGGUCUUUGCCUCCAAACUUUGGAGGCAACAAUCUUAGGUACUUGAACGUUUCUUACAACAGGCUUUCCGGGGUAAUUCCACCACAAUUCGCGGAGAAAAUUCCUGGUAACGCUACUGUUGAUCUUUCCUUCAAUAAUCUUACAGGAGAAAUCCCGGAUUCUAUUGUUUUUAAGAAUCAAGAAUCCAAAUCUUUUUUCGGAAAUCCUGAUCUGUGCGGUGAAGUAACCAGGCGUGAUUGUCCAAUUCCUUCUUCACCAUCAUCUCCUUCUAACGUCUCUCCAUCAACUUCUCCUCCAGCAAUCGCUGCCAUCCCCAAGACGAUAGACCCUGACACGCCUGAACCAUCUCCUGGAGCUAAAAAAUCAGGACAAAGCAAGCUCAAACCAGGAACAAUAGUAGGAAUUAUAGUCGGAGAUAUAGCAGGAAUCGGGUUUGUCAUCAUGGUUUUCUUUGUCGUCUACAAAUUAAAGAGGAAAAAGAGAGUUGAAACUACACUGAAGCAAGAAGCUAACACAGUCAAAGACAAUUGGUCUAUAACAUCUUCAUCGUCAGAAUCAAGAGGGUUUACGAGAUGGUCCUGUUUGAGAAAGAGAGGAGAGUACGAAGAAGAAUCUGAUAACACUUCUGACACUGAAGAAGAUCAAAGCCGGAACAAAAUUCAUGAUAAUCAACGGCAGCAAGAGAAAGAACAUACUAAAAAAGGAACAUUGGUGACCGUUGACGGGGAAAAGCAGCUUGAGCUUGAAACAUUACUUAAAGCAUCAGCUUACAUUUUGGGUGCCACGGGGUCUAGUAUAAUGUACAAGGCAGUGCUCGAAGAUGGGACUUCCUUGGCGGUCCGAAGGAUUGGUGAGAACAGUGUGGAUCGAUUCAGGGAUUUCGAGACUCAGGUUCGAGUCAUUGCCAAACUGGUGCACCCCAAUUUGGUCAGGAUUCGUGGGUUCUACUGGGGAGUUGAUGAAAAACUUAUUAUCUACGAUUUCGUACCAAACGGCAGCCUCGCCAACGCUCGUUACAGAAAAGUUGGUUCAUCCCCCUGUCAUCUUCCCUGGGAGGCUCGGCUCAAGAUUGCUAAAGGUAUGGCCCGAGGGCUGGCAUAUCUCCAUGACAAGAAGCACGUGCACGCCAAUUUGAAGCCUAGUAAUAUCCUUUUAGGCUCUGAUAUGGAACCAAAGAUUGGAGAUUUUGGGCUCGAAAGGCUUGUAACAGGCGACACGAGUUAUAAAGCUGGAGUGUCAGCCCGGAAUUUUGGUAGCAAGAGGUCAACGGCAUCAAGAGAUAGCUUCCAAGACCUAGCAGGACCCAGCCCAAGUCCAAGCCCGAGCUCCCUUGGUGUAUCCCCGUACCACGCCCCGGAGUCACUUAGGAGCCUGAAGCCCAAUCCGAAGUGGGAUGUGUAUGCAUUUGGGGUCAUUUUGCUUGAGCUUCUAACAGGGAAAGUUAUAGUUGUGGAUGAGUUGGGUCUAGGAAAUGGGCUUGUAGUUGAAGACAAAGGCAAGGCACUGAGGAUGGCUGAUGCGGCAAUUCGGGCUGAUUUGGAAGGCAAAGAGGAUGCCUUGCUGGCUUGCUUCAAGUUGGGGUACAGUUGUGCAUCUCCAAUCCCACAAAAGAGACCCCCAAUGAAAGAAGCCCUGCAAAUUCUUGAGAAGGUCCCAUCUUCAACUUCAUCUUCAUCAUACUAUUAUGGACACUCCUAAAACAUUUGACAAAAUUGGAGACCACCUUUGUAGAGAGAAAUGUAUGUAAUGAUUGACUGAUAGGUUGGUUUUUUCUUUUCUUUUUUCAGUUUUACUUGUCUCAAAGUUUGUGAUUGAGUUGGAAAUUGCAUGACAUCAGGAGUUGGAUCUUCUUGCUUGACACUGAUAUUUAUUGCUAA